AUGAACCUUGCCCCAGCCAUCAGAAGCAUGUUCCCUGCCAUACUCUGUGGAAAGCGAGCCAUCGACAGGGGAGUGGUGACGUUGCUGAGCGACCGACUCAACGCUGUCUCCAUGACAAAGGUGCAGAUACUGUUGCAGCAGGGCCACAGUGUGUGGUAUGUGGAGCGGCGUGACCUCUACCAGACUCUCCUCUAUGAGGCCCACACAGCUGGAUCCACAUCAUCUCAAAGGGGCAUCCUGUCCAUGGUGAAAGCUGCUGGCACUUACACCCCGCCCAUUCCACAGUCUCCCCUUCCAUCUGCUCGUGUGCUGCGGCGAGCUCACCUUAUCAUGGAGAUUGAGAAGAUGCCAGUGUACAGAAGCCAGAUCCUCUGUGUAACCGGAGAAAUCCUCUGUAUUGAUGGUACUAGGAAGGUAUGUAUACAGUAUCAUUCUGGUCAGUGUUUUGUUUUGUCAUGUCAUGCCCAUGUAUGUUAAUUGUCAAUAAUAACUUCCGUUCAUCAUAGAAAUGAUAUAAUUAGCAGACAGAUUGUUAUACACCAAACAAUGUAUGCUCUGUUUCUUAUGUUUACAGGUCCUCAAGAAGAUCUACGGUGGUGGUCAGGGCACCAUGCAGUACGUCACCAGCGUACUGAAUGAAUGGGGACAGUUUCUGACAACAGUAGUGGUGGCAGCCGAGUCUGAGGGAUGUUACCAGCGUAUGGCCAGAGGACUGAUUGCCCGGUUUGAGUGUGCCAAUGCCCCUGCUCCCAAGGUCAUCUAUGCAGACAACAACUGUUGCCGGUAA